UCUCAGCCUUCUCUCUCUGCAACUCAAAAAACAUUGUGAAACCCUAAUAUACUUCUCUGGAAGUCCAAGGUAUCGAUGGGAAAGAACAAGAAAGAGAGUAAAGAUGGAGAAGAAAAAUCUCAACACUCUGCUGCCACUGUAUGCGUCUCUGGCUUGCCUUAUUCCUUUACCAACGCUCAGCUUGAAGAAACCUUUAGCGAUGUUGGUCCGGUCAGACUUUGCUUUAUGGUCACAAACAAAGGAUCAAAUGAACACCGUGGCUUUGCCUUUGUUAAAUUUGCUUUACCAGAAGAUGUGAACCGUGCCAUUGAGUUGAAGAACGGUUCUACUGUUGGAGGGCGUAAGAUUACAGUUAAACAGGCCACGCAUCGGCCUUCCCUUAAAGAGCGUCGCACUAAAGCAGCAGAAGGGAUCCCUUUACCUGAGAGUGAUUCUCAGGCAGAGAGUGACAAGGGCAGUUUGGUUCCUGAGAUAGUCAAGCCAGUUCCUCCACCCGUUAAGAAAAUAGAGAAGCCAAUUGAGCGCAAAAGACCAACAAAGCUUCUUGUUGAUUUAGCUGAUAAAGAAACAUGUUCAGAUAAGCAAAGAGUUGCAAGAACUGUAAUCUUUGGUGGCCUUGUUAAUGCUGAGGUGGCAGAGUUAGUCCAUAGUCGUGUCAAAGAGAUUGGCACUGUGUGCUCUGUCAGAUAUCCCCUCCCAAAAGAAGAGCUUCAACAAAAUGGUCUUACGCAAGACGGAUGCAGGACAGAUGCAUCAGCUGUUCUCUUUACGAGUGUCAAAUCUGCUUGUGCUGCUGUUGUAGCAAUACAUCAAACAGAAAUAAAGGGAAAUCUCAUUUGGGCUCGUCAGCUCGGUGGGGAGGGCUCAAAGGCUCAGAAGUGGAAACUAAUUAUCCGAAAUCUGCCUUUCAAGGCUAAACCUAGUGAAAUUAAAGAGGUCUUUUCAGCAGUAGGGUUUGUCUGGGAUGUUUUUGUUCCUAAAAAUUUUGAAACUGGGCUACCGAAGGGUUUUGCAUUUGUCAAGUUCACGUGUAAGAAAGACGCAGAAAAUGCAAUUCAAAAGUUCAACGGGCACAUGUUUAGUAAAAGACCUAUAGCUGUUGACUGGGCUGUACCAAAGAAUCUUUACAAUGGUGCUGCUGAUGCCGCUACUGCUCCAACAGAUGGUGACAAAAAUGGAAGUGAUGAGGAGAGUGAUAACAGUAGUGUUGAUUUGGAGGAGGUUGAUGAUGCUGUAGACGGCCACCAACCUUCAGGAGAUGAUAAUGACGAGGAGGAGGAAGACAUCAGUAACAAACCGAGUGAAUCAGUAGUACUGGAGAAGGAUGCUGAGACCGACGUGAAUUUCGAAGAGGAAGCAGAUGUUGCGAGAAAGAUUCUUAAGAACUUGCUUGCAUCUUCAAGAGGUUCUAUUGCUUCUCAUGAUGGAGAGACAGAAAUGUCAGAUAAAAACAAACCCGAGGAUACAUCAGAUAAGCCUGCCGCUGACUCGUCUAGUGUCUCUGAACCUUUGGAAUCCAGUAAAACCAAAGAAGUGGUUCCUAAAGUAACACAGGAAAAUGAUGAUGAUUUUACGAGAACUGUAUUUAUAAGUAACAUCCCAUUUGAUGUUAGCAAGGAAGAAGUCACACAGAGGUUUGCUGUAUUUGGGCAAGUUGAAUCUUUGAACCUAGUUCUCCACCCAGUCACAAAACGACCAAAAGGUACUGCUUUCCUCAAGUUCAAAACAGCAGAUGCAUCAGAUGCAGCCAUUUCAGCUGCCAGUACUCCCGCAGGUGUCGGUGUCCUUCUUAAAGGCAGGCAACUAAGCGUUAUGAGAGCUGUGAAUAAGAAAUCUGCACAGGACAUUGUACUCGAAAAGACAAAGGAAAAGAAUCUUGACCAUCGGAAUCUUUAUCUUGCUAAGGAAGGUCAGAUCCUUGAAGGUACACCUGCUGCUGAGGGUGUCUCUGCAGAAGACAUGGACAGGCGACGAAGGUUGCAUGAAAACAAGAUGAAAAAGCUUCAGUCUCCGAACUUUCAUGUAUCUAAAACGAGGAUUGUCAUCUAUAAUUUGCCAAAGUCCAUGAAUGAAAAGCAACUACAAAAGCUCUUAGUUGAUGCUGUUACCUCACGAGCUACAAAGCAGAAGCCAUCCAUCCGACAGAUCAAGUUCUUACAAAACGAGAAGAAGGGUAAAGUUGAUACGAAGAACUACUCACGUGGAGUUGCGUUUGUAGAGUUCACAGAGCAUGACCAUGCUCUUGUAGCCCUGAGAGUACUUAAUAACAAUCCUGAGACAUUUGGUCCUCAACAUCGUCCUGUGAUAGAAUUUGCUGUUGAUAACGUCCAAAAGCUGAAGUUACAUAAAGCUAAUCAACAGUUUCAGCGACAACACAAUGAAUCUGAGGAGCAGCGGGUGAACGGCGAAGCGCAGGCAGAGGACAUUCAUGGUGGCAAUGAUUCAAAACGAAGAACGAGGGAUAAGGAUAACAGUGGUCCAGUGGAAGAGAAUGCAAGCCGGUUUAGUAAGAGGAAACCUAUGCGCCCACGUGAACAGAGGAAAGAAGAAGCGAAACCAGAGAAGAGUCUCUCAGUGAAAGAAGAUGCGGGGAAGAACAGAAAUAAGAGGCCUAGACCCACACAAGAAAGUGCUAAAGAGCCACCCUCAAAUCAGAAAGGGCAAUGGAUGAAACAGCAAGAGGCAACUGAGAAACCAAAUCUAAAGAAGAUUUCCAAAGAUGUGAGCGAUGCACCGAGGAAGAGAAAGUUUGAGGAGGUUAGAGGUGGAGAGAGUUUUAAUGGGCAAAGAAAGAGAAAGAAUCAGACGGAGAAAAAGAAGAAGCAAGGUGGUCCACCCGAGGUUCUGGACAAACUUGAUAUGCUGAUUGAGCAAUACAGGUCUAAAUUCUCGCAAAGCUCAGCCAAAACCGGCCCACAAAAACAGAGCUCUGGACAAGUCAGGAGAUGGUUCCAGUCCUAAGACUUCAAAUCAUCAAGAGUAUCAGUUUUCUUUUGCAGUUUUUUGAUCUGGAGAUGGCUUCGAAAUGUUGCAAAUUAAUGUUCAAGUUUCAUUGUAUUGUUUUUUAUUCUGCAACAAGACGUUUUUGUUUUGUAUUAUUAGUAGUCAGUUCCAUAAUCUC